AUGGCAUCGGAGCCGUCCGCGCUACCCGAAGACCUCCAGGCGGAGGUCCUCCGCCGUCUCCCGCCGCACGUCCUGGCCGCGUCCCGGCAGGUCUGCAAGGCGUGGCGCGACUUGGUCGACGCCCGUCUGCGAGGUCACCUGCUCUCGAGCUCCGUGCGCGGCAUCUUCAUCAACUACGACGAGCUUGACUUCUCGGAGUUCUUCUCGCGUCCCUCGACGGGGCCGGCGAUCCGCGGAGGGCUCGGCUUCCUGCCCUGCGACGGCGUCAAGACCACGGACCACUGCAACGGGCUCCUGCUCUGCAGCGAUGGUGGUGGGGAUCGCGACUACGUCGUCAACCCGGCCACGCGGCGGUGGGCGCGGCUGCCACCACGCCCUCGGCCGUGCAAAAGGGGAUUCGGCCACAUUGCCUAUCUCGCGUUCGACCCCGCCGUGUCGCCGCACUACCAGGUUUUCCUGAUCCCGCGCCUGCCAAUGCCUUCCGCGUCUAGGAAACCCGACGACAACCCAUUGCUUCAACCCGAGUGGCCUCCUGCGUCGUACGUGCUGCAUGCGUUUUCCUCUACGUCUCAUAGGUGGGACAAGAUCACCUUUCUUCGGGAAGGGAAAGCUGCGGGGAUCCUAGCCGACAUGGGUUCGGGUCUAUGGUAUGGUCAGUACCAUGCCGUCUACUGGGGAAGUGCGCUCUACUUCCAUUGCCAGCAUGGCUAUCUCACCAGACUGUCCAUCUCAAAUCGCACGUACACAGUAGUUAGACUACCAGGUGCGGAUGAAUUCGAAGCAUAUCACAACCGCCAUUAUUUGGGGACAUCACUCAGAGGGGUGUAUUGCGCAAAAAAUAAUCGCCGGCUUGGACUUCAGCUUUGGCACCUCGAUGAAUCUCGCGGUCCAACAGAAUGGGUGUUGGUACAUGAUGUGGAGCUCGAGACCUUUGCACGCAGAUUCCACCCAAGGGAGGAGGGCCAUGCUAAAAAAUUACACAAACAAUGGAUCCUACAAGAUGUUAACUACCGUAAGGUCCUUGAGAAAUACCACUGA